UCUGGUUUCUGGAUUAGGGUUUCAACAUUGACGGUGUGGCCUCUGGGAUCAGUAAGAGAUACUUAUACUUGAUUUAUUUCCUCGAAUUUUCUCGUUCCCUAGUUCAAAAAAAAAAGAAGAAGGAAGAAAGCGUAUAAGAGGAGGAUUGUUUUAAUAACAAUGGGAAAUAUCAGUGAGUUUCCUGAAGAUUUACUCCUAAUGAUAUUGUCAUUCGUUCCAACAAAAGAUAUUGUGGCGACGAGUCUUGUCUCAAAAAGUUGGAGAUGUCUCUGGACAAAGGUGUCUAGACUCACGUACGAGGCUCCGUAUUUCUCUGAUAAGUAUACUGGUUUCGCACGAUUUUUAAAAGAGUCCCUGCUUUCACAUCAGCCUCAUGCUCUUGAAACCCUGUACAUAAACAAAAGACGAUGUUCAUUGCGCAUAGAUAUUAGACCGUGGAUUAGAACCGAUGUUCUAUGCAACCUACGCGAGCUCGAGGUUGAUAGUGGUGUUGGAUAUAUCAGAUUGCCUUCUUUCUUGUUUACCUGCAAAAAACUUGUUGUCUUGAAACUCAAAGGCAGGAUCGUAGUGAAACUUCCUUCGACGGUGUGUCUCCCAUCCCUCAAAACUCUGCACUUGUUGCACUUGACGCUUCUCAAGACCGAAUCCAUUCAUAAGAUUUUAUCAAAUUGCCCUCUACUAUAUGACCUCAGACUGGAACAUGAUGUUAUGUCAAAUUUGCAUAUCGCAAUGCCUUCGUUACAGAGAUUGACCAUCGUAACAGGAAGUAUCUUUGGACCCUCGUCUAAUAAACUGGAUCGUUAUUUUAGCCAUUUAGAGAAAAUAAGCACACCUUCUUUGAAGUACUUAAACAUUCAAGCUUGGGUGUCUAGUGUCUAUGUGAGCGUUAGACUCAAAUCUCCAUCGAACUUCGAGGAUACAAGCAUCUACAGUCGGAUUGUACAGUUGGAGCUGAGUAUUCGCAGUAGCGUAUUUGAAGAACUGCUUAUAUAUUUGCUCAAAAGUUCUAUGAACUUAUUGGUUCUCAAGAUUAGCAAUAAACUCACACUCCGGAAUCGCUGGAACUGGAAGCCGCCUAGUUCUGUACCUACAUGUUUGCUUUCGACUCUUCAGACUCUAGAGUGGAGAGGAUACACAGGAACAUGCGCAGAAAAGGAGGUGUUGAGUUAUCUCCUGAAGCAUGCACUAUGUUUGAAAACCGCAAAAAUCAUCACUGAAUCAUGUGGCUUGUUCAAGAAGAUGAAGAAGGACUUGCUUUCUAUGCCAAGAGGUUCUACAACUUGCCGGAUUGUGUUGAAGCAAUGAAUUAAUGAAGUUGUAUGCUUGAUAGAAAUUUAGUCUUACUGUUUCUAAUGUUUUGCUUAAGAUCUCACUAAUUUUUAUUCUCGUAUUUGGUAUUCUUACCGAAGGACUUCCAAGCUUUUUUUUGUCGUCUAUCUUCUUCCAGGCUCCAGCUACUCUAUUUGACCAUUGAGAAAAGUCAAAAACUUCGCUU